CUCAGUGACCAUCCCAGAACCAUACCAUUGGGCCAAGCCAAUAUGAGGUACCUAUAAUGCUACCAAGCCUGCACCUCCCAGGAUCUGAUGACAGACAUUAGGGGUCUCCCACCCACCAUGGUGGGUGAACCAUACCCUGGAGUGGCCCUUGGAGUGGAAGAAGGUCUACUCUGCCAGCUGCUUCAUUCUCCAGAGUUCAACCUAUUCCCCAAGUCAGCUGUAUUUGAAAGUAACUUCAUCCAGGUCACAAAGACUGAGGACUGGGUAGAUGAUGAGGAUAGGUCCACAACUGUGAUCCUUGGAGUGACCUCCUCAGUGCCAAGCCUGCCACUACCAAAUAUCUUCCUGAUGGCUAACGUCACCUGGCCCCACAGACAUUUAUCAACAUGGACUAAAACCAUCAAUGCACCAACUAUCACUCUUAGCAGGAUUGUCCCACUGAAAUUUGUGGAGAUCACGAUCUAUGACAAGUCCCAAUGCGUCUUGAGGGUCAGAACCGUGACUGAAAAGAUCUAUUACAUGAAGCUCCAUCCCAAACAUCCUGAAACUGUCUUCCAUUUCUGGAUCCGACUGGUGAACAUUCUACGGAAGGGACUGUCCAUCACCACCAAAGAUCCCAGAAUCCAUGUGAAUCAUUGCUUGGUGCCCAAAACCCCUAGCACAAUCUUUCUGGAAGAAUCAACAAAAUAUGAACCAUCAAUCUCUCAGUCAAGUGACAGCCUGAUGCUGCUCAGUGCCACUGGGGUACAUGAAAACUUCUCUAAUCUCUGUAUAGAUCUUACCACCAAGAAAGACCGAUUAAAGAGAAGUUCUAACAGCAAUAAAACUAAUGAAGCUGAAAUCAAAGGAGAAGCCAAAUCCAUCUCAGUCUCACCCCAACACCCAAUGCACAGACAACACAAUCAUGACAGAGCAGGCAAGCCAACCUAGCUGAAGCAAUAUGGCACCCUGAGGAAGAGACAGGAGGCAACACGUGCCAGGCAAGUCAAACCACCACCAUCACUUUGACUAACAUCUGCCCUCAGAUCCCAAUGGUUUCAGCCCAGGAGAAUGAGCCUUGGGAAUGGCAGCACUCCUUAAACCAUUAGACCUACUUCUAGUCCAGCCUUCACAGCAACAAGGGCUGAUCAACUACCACUAGAUAGGCACAAGAGCUCAGGGAUCAGUAGCACUACUGGCACCCCCAUCCAAGACCACCAUCCUUGCUCCCAGCCCAAUCCUUCCAGGCAUCACCUGGGGAGGUGGCUCCUGUCUCAGAGGGGCCAGUUCUCCCUGCCAACUGUCACACAAAGGACAGGCAAACCAGUCCAGCUGAAGCAGCAAUUCAACCUGAAGGAGAGAGGGGAAACAGGAUGCAUCAGG